CUCAGAUUGUCCCCAGGAUAUCAGCCUGGCCCUGAAACACACUUCCCCACAGACGCUCUGACGCCGACCAGCUGCUCACACACACCUUCAUCCACUCUGAACCCGCAGAGAACCAAGCAGGAGGAGCAGCAUCAGGACCAGCUGGGACUUCAUUUCAAAUAUCCACUCAACAGGUCAGUCAUGUCCAGAGUGCACAGGACCUCCGUCUCGCUGACCCUCGUCCUCCUGCUCUUGGCCACACUCGUACCCAGCUCUGAGGCCCGGCGGGGGCGUGGAGGAUUUGGUGGAUUCAGCAGAGGAGGUGGAGGAGGCUCCAGCCGGGGCUGGGGUGGAGGGGGGGGCGCGUACAGGCCGGUCCAGAGCAGCGGCCCCAGCGCUGGGAAAGUCGCAGGUGCAGCUGCAGCAGGGGCCAUAGGGGGCGCUAUGGUGGGGUCUGCCCUGAGCCGACCCGGGUACGGGUUUGGAGGAGGAUACGGGGGAUACGGGGGAUAUGGGGGAUACGGCGGGUAUGGAGGGUACGGAGGAUACGGAGGAUACGGAGGAUACGGGGGUGGGUAUGGGGUCCCACGCUAUGGGCGAGGACACGGGGCCCCCUAUGAGCCCGAGGGUUCUGGGGACAUGGAGUUCUACUACGGCGCAGCGUCCAGCGGACCCGCCUACAGCAGCAUCAUCGUUGUGAUUGGCUCCCUGAUGGCCCUGCUCAUGGGCCACUGGGGGGCGCUCAUGUAGACCCGGAGUCCCAAAGACACACCUGACCACCUGAUCAUGUGACCACCGGACCACCUGAUCAUGUGACCACCAGGAAAAGCUCCACCCACUGAGUCUUCUCCAUGUGAAGGUGGACUGGACUUGAGCUCCACGUGACUCCGCCUCCACUUGAGUCCAGUGCUUCAAACCGAAGCGUCCACUUUCUGUCCUCCACUCCUCCAGACUUUUGAUACUUGUGCGUGUGUCAUGUGGGAUUCAUUUGUGUGAAGUGUGUUUUUCUCAGACGCGUCCACUCCGCUCCAGUAGAACAGCAGUAGUUUCCUGUUCCCUCAGGACAGCGUCAGAGUCAGAGCAGCUGAACUGUACGUCUACUGUCUGAGCUUCUGUAUGAGUUCAUUUAUGAGUCGUACUUAUUUCUCACAAUGUAAUAAUUUAUGCACAUUUUCAUUUCUGUCUCUCUCCAUAUUAGAAAGUUUAUGUUCUCAAUAAAAUGCAGACACAUAAGAUAUGAUUCAAAUGUAUGUUUUUAUAGACUAGAUGUGACAAACAGAAUGUGAUAUUGAUAUGUAUUUAAUAUUUUAAAUAAAAACUAUUAGAAUAAA